CCUCCCCUAGACGGGGGUGGUUCUGGCACAGGCAGAAAAAUAUAUAAAUGCUCGGCGCACCACGAUUUCCAUAAUCAGUACAAUCGGGCCGCUGCGCAGGAAACAACCCUUGCUAAGAGAGGCGAGAGAGCGGAAGAUUGGAUUCGAGCUCGUUGCUAAUGGCGAUUUGGUCCAAGUCUGACAUUUCAGAGAUCAUGUCCAGCAGCAUGGACAGCCCGCUGAGCGCGUCGUACAGCAGUCCGGACCGCUCGAUGGCGUCGUUCAACGCGGACGACAGCAUCGACUCGGAGAACGACUUUGAUUUGAGCAUGUGUCCGCAGUCGACGCCGCGGCGGCCGCGGCCCCGCAGCAAGGGGCCUCGCAGCAGGGCCCAAACGCGCAGCCCGACGCAGGUGGUGCGGCUGAAGCGCGUGCGGCGCGUCAAGGCCAACGACCGCGAACGCAACCGCAUGCACCACCUUAACCACGCGCUGGACAAGUUGCGCUGCGUGCUGCCCACCGUACCCGAGGACACGAAGCUGACCAAAAUCGAGACGCUGCGUUUCGCACACAACUACAUCUGGGCUCUGUCGCAGACGCUGGGCAUUACGGACGUCGGCGCGCCGCCGCCCGGCACCGACUUCGAGUACAACAACAACGGUGGCGUCACCAUGAACAUGGGCACCGUCACCGUGUCCAUCGGGCCGAACGGCACCAACGCCAUCACGUCGACGGCCGGCAGUCUGGCCCAAGUGCGACGCACGCAGAUGGACACUCUGCUGGACAGCUGGGAGCGCGACUCGACCCUCAGCAGCAACUCGAGCUACCACGAAGGGCCGCGCUACCAGAUGGCCUCGCCCGAGCAGCAGCAACCGCACCAGCACGUGCACUACCCUGAGCCCAGCCCCUACCAGCACUGCAUGAUGCAGUACAACAGUAACAACAACAACAGCUACUGCAGCAGCGGCUAUGCUAGUUACUCGUGAUAAUCCUGAUUAUGUACAGCAGAUAUAAGUGCAAUUAAAUGUAUGCCCGUGUUUGAAUGUAAAUAAGAAUACUUGAAACAAAAUCUGACCAGAAAACUAUCACUUGGUUGGUCAAGGCGUGAAAAAUAUGUAUAUUUAUACCGUAUAAGCUAUAUCACAAUCGUGUCUUAAAAUUCGAGUGUGUUUCACUUGUAUCAGAGAGCCGAUAUUGUACAAAACGAAUGCAUCUGUACAAACGUCCAAAAGCAAA